UUAUUGGAAUUUAAGUGUUGGUUUAGCACGAAAAUAUUUGUUUCGGAGAAUAUUUUGUUCAAAUAAAUUUCAUUGGUAAUUUAAAAAAAAUUAUAUGAAAUCAUAUAAAACAGUAGCUGACAGAUUUAGAUUUCGAAAACAUCUAAAUCUGUCUUUUUAGAUCAUUUAUAUUCAGUUAUGAAAAAAAUGAAUAACUUGUGGAUAACUCUUCUUAUGUGCGCCGUAGUGGAAAUUUACGCUGCAGAAGACGCCGAUCACGGUGAAUAUGGUAACAAUAACUUAUGGAGAAAGACAAUAUGCGAGAAGAAUGACGAAUCUCUGUUUUCUGAAAUAGAUAAGUGCGUAGAUUUACAAACUAAAACGAUACAUGAGGCCUUAACAAGUUGUAUGAAGAAGGUUCACCCAUCUUCCGAAGGCAAAUAUUCACUGUAUUUAAAGGAAGCCUGCAAUAAUGUGCCUCUAUUUCUAAAGAUCGAUGACUGUAUGGAGCAACACAAAUCCUUAUAUAAAGAGGUGGGGAUCGGAGAAAAAGCAUUAGCUUGCCUUGAAGAAACGAUGAAAAAACACAACUUGAGGGAAUUGCUGGAGUACUAUAUCGACACAGAAUCUACUGAAAAAUGAUUUAAGCAUCAGUUAAUUUUACUUAUCUUAAGGGAAUAAAAAAAUGUACCACUAAUAUUAAUGAUGAUAACAAAUAUUUCUUCUCAAGACAAAGCUGACAUUUUAGCAUUAAAAAGGCUUUGGUGACCUGUUUCUGUCACUAAAUUAGGCAACUCUUAGAAUUUAGAAACAAUCCAUGUUGAAUAUAGAUAAUUAGAAACCAGAAUUCACAACUUACUUUCAUCCUGAAUCAAUGGAUGGUACACUUUAUGUAAGGUUUCUUAAUCUAAACGAAUAAGGAGAAAAUUUUUAAAUGAGUCGAAAAAUUAGAGUACAUUUACUAUAGAAUAACAAUACUAUAGAAUUAAAUGUAGCAAUUAUGCAUUAACUGGUGGCCAUUUUAUUUUUUUUUGGUAUUAUGAAUUUAAAGGAUUUUUAUGUUUUCACUUCAAGUUAAAUUCUCCAUAAUUGAUUCUUUCUAAUUAAAUCCUUUAUAAUUACUAUAAUUCAUUAGAAUUCGUAUUUGUUUGAUGUGUGAUAUGUAUGCCAACUUGUGUUGGAAUAUUGCACAUCGCAUUAUAAAUUAUGCUGAAAAGUUAGCCUUGUCACAUUUAUAGUACAUAUUAAUUUUUUAAAAAAAUGCAAUGUAUGCUGAAUGUAAUAAUAAAAUAUGUAUUUAUAAUUUC